UCUUGGACAUCGACAUCUCUCUCUCUCCUUCUCUAUCCCUUUCGCCGGAAACUCACUCCGACGUACAUUUCUGACUUCAGAUUCUCAAAACCAAAUUUGAAAUGGCGAAAGGAGGUAACAAACUGAUGAAGCUGAAAUCAGUUUUGAAGAAGCUCAACUCGUUCAACACCAAGCCAAACCAGCCACCGGCUACGGCCAAUCACGGUCGAUCCUCCGCUUUGAGUGCAUUUCCCUCAGAAGAACGUCACACUGUCUACGUCGGAAGUACACGGCGUCUGUACCACCUGAGCUCCGACGUUGUGAGCCAUCCGCUCUUCCAGCAGCUAGCGGCGGUUGAUGGUGCAUGCGGCGGCGAGGACGGCUCGAUCGCCGUGUCGUGCGAAGUUGUCUUGUUCGAACAUUUGCUUUGGAUGCUUGAGAACGCCGACGCCGACGAGUCAGGUCUGGAGUCGGUCCACGAACUCGCCGAGUUCUACUCCUGCUAAGUCGUACACGAUAAUUUAGAUUGGAUUAUACAUAUAUACUCGUGGCUCAUCCGGUCAAUGAGUUGACCGGAUUCUGCUGGCGCCUUGUGCAAACACCGAACAAGAUCAUUCUUUUUUUUUGUAAACCGGCUUAACAAGAUCAUUCUUAACAAAAUUUAAACUCUAAUC